GAUUGUGAAUUGUUCCACAAAAAACAAAAGACUCUGAUUGUGAUUUUUUUUUGGACAAAAAAAACAACUGUGAUAAAAAGAACAGAGUUGGCUCUGAUUGUGAAUCCAGUAAUAAAAAGAACAGAGUUGAAUAAAGACUAAAAAUGGAAGAGUACUUGGUAACUGGAGGGACAAGCUUCAUAGCCUCUCACGUUGUCAAAGCACUUCUCGACUUGGGCCAUUCCGUAAGAACAACUGUUAGAGACAUCUCAGAUGAAGAGAAGGUUAGGAUUUUGUGGGAGUUGAAAGGAGCAAAAGAAAGGCUGAAGAUUUUCGAAGCCGAUCUAACGGUGGAUGGAAGCUUUGACGAAGCAGUCAAAGGUGUUGAUGGUGUCUUCCACAUCGCCUCUCGUGUUACUGUUUCUCUGAACAACAAUGAUCUGGAAAAGUUGGUCGACCGAGACAUAAAUGGAACAAGGAACUUGAUGAACUCAUGUGAAAAAUCAAGAAACACGGUGAAAAGGAUUGUUCUCACAUCUUCUUCGACAGCUGUCCGGUACCGUUACGACGCCAGAGAAGCCUCUCCACUUAACGAAUCGCAUUUUAGCGAUCUUGACUACUGCAGAAGCUUCAAAAUAUGGUAUGGUUAUGCAAAGACUUUGGGAGAGAAAGAAGCUUGGAGUAUAGCAGCGGAAAAGAAUCUAGACCUAGUGGUCGUAAUCCCUUCGUAUUGUAUCGGUCCUAUACUUAGUCCAAAACCCACAAGCACCCCUUCAAUUCUUCUCUCCAUAGUCAAAGGUGUUUGUGGAGAUUACCCGAACGUCACAGGAGGGUUUGUUCAUGUUGAGGAUGUAGCUGCUGCACAAGUCUUAGCAAUGAAAGAGCCUAAAGCAUCAGGACGAUUCAUAUGUUCGAGUUCAGUGGCUCAUUGGUCAGAGAUCAUUGAGAUGCUAAGAUCCAAAUACCCACAAUAUCCAUUUGAGACCAAGUGCAGUAGUGAAGAAGGGAAAGAUAUGGCUCAUAGCUUGGACACAACAAAGAUACGUGAACUUGGGUUAGCGCCCUUCAAGUCAUUGUCUGAGAUGUUCGAUGACUGCAUCAAGUGUUUCCAAGACAAGGGUCUACUCUGAAACUCCCACUGUUAUCAGAGAAUCAAAGUGAUCUACCUUAUGUUGAUCUUUUGUUUAAGUUUAUUUCAAACUCCAAUAAUCUACCUUCCACACUAUGUGGUUCCCAUC